UGGGAGCCAGGCUGAUGGCUAAUUAUAAACUCAUGCUUGGUGUGCUUGUGUCUGGGGGAGGGCCACUGCCAGCCCCGCAGCCCACACCACACUGAGAAGAUUGGGUCAACCAAAGCAAGAGAUCCAGAGGGGGCUUCAGCUGCCCCAGGGCUGGGGAAGGGGGCCUAGCUGCAGGACAAAGAGGCAGAGGGGGCAAGACAAGUCCAACUCAAGGAGGCAAGAGGAAGAGUGAUUAUGGAGCCCACGUCUGCCCAUGAGGAUAGCCAGAAGAAGAAGCAACAGAAGGAAAAGGCUAAGAAAGCUGCCCUGGAACUUCCCCCCAGGCCAUCCCGCUCUCUGCUGUGUCUCACCCUCCAGAACCCAGUGCGGAAGGCCUGCAUUGCCAUUGUGGAAUGGAAGCCCUUUGAGACCAUCAUCCUGUUAACUAUCUUUGCCAACUGUAUUGCACUGGCUAUCUACCUGCCCAUGCCUGAAGAUGAUACCAACAAAGUAAAUUCCAGACUCGAGAAGCUAGAAUACUUCUUUCUGAUAGUAUUUGCCAUUGAGGCAAUGCUAAAGAUAAUUGCCUAUGGGUUUCUAUUCCAUGCAGAUGCUUACCUCCGAAACGGCUGGAAUGUGCUGGAUUUUACAAUUGUCUUUUUGGGGGUCUUCACAGUGAUCCUGGAGAGAAUCAGUUUAAUGGAAAGCGCGCUUCUUAGUGGGCAAGGCGGUUUUGAUGUCAAAGCUCUGAGAGCAUUUCGAGUGCUGCGGCCAUUACGUCUGGUGUCAGGGGUACCAAGUCUGCAAGUGGUACUCAACUCCAUUAUGAAGGCCAUGAUGCCACUACUCCACAUUGCUGUACUUGUCGUCUUCAUGCUUAUUAUCUAUGCCAUAGUGGGCCAGGAGCUCUUCAAGGGCAAAAUGCACAAGACUUGCUAUUACAAUGGGACAGAUAUCCUGGCCACUGUGGAACAUGAAAAACCAGCUCCAUGUACUAACUCAGGCCAUGGGCGCCACUGCACUAUUCCUGGCUCUGAGUGCAGGGGCCCGUGGGCAGGGCCCAACCAUGGCAUCACUCACUUUGAUAACUUUGGGUUUGCUAUGCUGACUGUCUACCAAUGUAUCUCCAUGGAGGGGUGGACUGAAGUCCUUUACUGGGUGAAUGAUGCCAUUGGGAAUGAGUGGCCUUGGAUCUACUUUGUCAGCCUCAUCUUACUUGGGUCCUUUUUCAUACUUAACCUGAUCCUGGGUGUGCUCAGUGGGGAGUUCACCAAAGAGCGUGAGAAAGCUAAAUCACGGGGUACCUUCCAGAAACUGAGGGAGAAGCAGCAAUUGGAGGAGGAUAUGAAAGGCUACAUGGACUGGAUCACUCACGCAGAAGUCAUGGACAGUGACCAGACACACAGGGAAGGAAUGAGGUCAUCAGAUGAAGGUGGGUCAGAGACAGACAGCCUGUAUGAGAUUGAAGGCAUGAAUAAAUGGAUUCUCUUCUUUCGGCACUGGCGACGAUGGAACCGUCUUUUCCGCAGAAAAUGCCGUGAAGUGGUUAAAUCAAAAAUUUUCUAUUGGUCGGUGAUCUUGAUCGUUGCUUUGAACACCCUCUCAAUAGCUACAGAGCAUCAUGAUCAACCUGCAUGGCUGACCCAUGCCCAGGAUGUUGCUAACCGGGUACUUCUGUCCCUCUUUGCGGUGGAGAUGAUUCUGAAGAUGUAUGCCCUGGGCAUCCGCCAGUACUUCAUGUCUCUCUUCAACCGCUUUGACUGCCUUGUGGUGUGCACUGGUAUCCUGGAGCUCAUCCUGGUAGAGAUCGCUUCCAUGACGCCCCUGGGCAUCUCUGUCCUGCGGUGCAUUCGACUGCUGAGAAUCUUCAAGAUAACGAAGUACUGGACCUCUCUGAACAACUUAGUGGCAUCUCUGCUGAACUCUGUGCGCUCCAUUGCCUCGCUCCUCACCCUCCUCUUCCUUUUCAUUGUCAUCUUUGCCCUCUUAGGGAUGCAGCUUUUUGGAGGGCGGUUUGACUUUGAUGAUGUGGAGAUACGGCGCAGCACCUUUGAUAACUUCCCCCAGGCUCUCAUCAGUGUCUUCCAGGUCCUGACUGGGGAAGACUGGACCUCUAUCAUGUACAAUGGGAUUAUGGCUUAUGGAGGGCCAUGCUAUCCUGGUAUGCUGAUCUGCAUUUAUUUCAUUAUUCUCUUUGUAUGUGGGAAUUAUAUCUUGCUGAAUGUCUUUCUGGCUAUUGCUGUGGACAACCUGGCUGAGGCAGAAACAUUAACUUCUGCCCAGAAAGCCAAAGAGGAAGAGAAGAAGUGGAAGAAAAUGACCAGAGGUUAUCCUGAGAAAUCUGAAGAGGAAAAGCUGUUGUUGGCCAAGAAGUUGGAACAGAAAGCUAAGGGAGAAGGAAUCCCCACCACAGCAAAGUUAAAAGUAGAUGAGUUUGAAUCAAAUGUCAAUGAAGUCAAGGACCCUUAUCCCUCUGCAGACUUCCCAGGUGAUGAUGAGGAAGAUGAACCUGAAAUCCCACUGAGCCCAAGGCCACGUCCCCUAGCCGAGCUGCAGUUAAAGGAAAAAGCAGUGCCUAUGCCUGAAGCAAGUUCAUUCUUCAUCUUUAGCCCAACCAACAAGAUCCGGGUGCUGUGCCACAGAAUCGUCAAUGCCACCUGGUUCACCAACUUUAUCCUCCUCUUUAUUCUGCUUAGCAGCAUCUCACUGGCAGCAGAAGAUCCAAUUCAGGCAAUGUCAUUCAGGAAUAAGAUUCUAUCAUAUUUUGACAUUGGCUUCACCUCUGUAUUUACAGUGGAAAUUAUUCUAAAGAUGACUGCUUAUGGUGCAUUUCUUCACAAGGGAUCCUUCUGCCGUAAUUCUUUCAACAUUCUAGAUUUGCUUGUAGUUGUUGUCUCACUCAUCUCCAUGAGACUUGAGUCCAGUACCAUCUCAGUGGUGAAAAUCCUGAGGGUACUCAGAGUACUGAGACCGUUGAGAGCUAUUAACAGAGCAAAGGGACUGAAGCAUGUGGUCCAGUGUGUUUUUGUGGCUAUUAAGACCAUCGGCAACAUUGUUCUUGUCACCUUCUUGCUACAAUUCAUGUUUGCUUGCAUUGCGGUACAGCUGUUCAAGGGGAAGUUCUACAGUUGUACAGAUUCAACCAAGAUUACCGAAACUGAAUGCAGGGGGCACUUCAUCAUGUAUGUUGAUGCUGAUCCAACACAGGUUGUGGAAAAAGAACGGAUGUGGCUGCACAAUGAAUUCCACUUUGAUAAUGUCUUGUCAGCUAUGAUGUCUCUCUUCACUGUAUCCACCUUUGAAGGAUGGCCUCAACUAUUGUAUAAAGCAAUUGAUACGCAUACUGAAGACAUGGGCCCCAUAUACAACUAUCGCAUGGGCAUUGCCAUCUUCUUCAUAAUCUAUCUCAUUCUCAUUGCCUUUUUUAUGAUGAACAUCUUUGUAGGUUUCAUCAUUGUAACUUUCCAGGAGCAGGGUGAAACUGAGUACAAAGACUGUGAGCUGAACAAAAACCAGCGCCAGUGUGUCCAGUAUGCACUGAAAGCGCGGCCUCUGAGAUGCUACAUUCCCAAGAACCCUUACCAAUACCAGAUAUGGUAUGUGGUGACCUCCUCCUAUUUUGAGUACCUCAUGUUUUUCCUGAUCACACUGAACACCAUCUGUUUGGGCAUGCAGCAUUAUAAGCAAUCAGAGAUGAUGAACCAGCUCUCAGAUGUCCUCAAUGUGGUCUUCACCAUACUCUUUACUGUUGAGAUGAUCCUUAAAUUGAUAGCCUUCAAGGCUAAGGGAUACUUUGGGGACCCCUGGAAUGUCUUUGAUUUUCUCAUAGUUGUCGGCAGCAUCAUAGAUGUCAUCCUGAGUCAGAUUGAUACAAUUCUUGUUUCCAGUGGUGGAUUGUACUGCCUAAGCGGCGGCUGUAAUGGCGUUACCAAGCCACCGGCAAUCCAAGGAGCCUACAGCACUGGAGACACCACACCACAGCUUCCUGCCAUAGAUCCUGAUGACAGCGGUCGUGUCUCCAUCACUUUUUUCCGGCUUUUCAGGGUCCUAAGGCUGGUAAAACUGCUGAGCCGAGGAGAAGGCAUUAGAAAUUUACUCUGGACAUUUAUCAAAUCCUUCCAGGCACUACCUCAUGUGGCCUUGCUGAUCGUUAUGUUGUUCUUUAUCUAUGCCGUGAUUGGGAUGCAGAUGUUUGGGAAAAUUGCACUGGUAGAUGGAACUCAAAUAAAUCGGAACAACAACUUUCAGACCUUCCCACAAGCGGUGUUGCUGCUAUUCAGGUGCGCCACAGGUGAGGCUUGGCAGGAGAUCUUAUUAGCUGCCAGCUAUGGCAAGUUAUGUGACCCUGAGUCUGAAUAUGAGCCUGGAGAAGAAAACACUUGUGGCACAGGCUUUGCUUAUUUCUACUUCGUAAGCUUUUACAUGCUGUGUGCAUUCCUGAUUAUCAAUCUCUUUGUUGCUGUCAUCAUGGACAAUUUUGACUACCUCACACGAGACUGGUCCAUCUUAGGUCCCCAUCACCUGGAUGAAUUCAAAAGAAUCUGGGCAGAAUAUGAUCCUGAAGCCACCGGCCGAAUUAAGCAUCUAGAUGUGGUAACUCUGUUGAGACGAAUCCAGCCUCCUCUGGGGUUUGGGAAAUUUUGUCCACACCGUGUGGCUUGCAAGCGCCUGGUGGGCAUGAAUAUGCCACUGAAUAGUGAUGGCACAGUUACUUUCAAUGCCACACUCUUUGCUCUGGUGAGAACUGCUCUCAAGAUCAAGACAGAAGGUAACUUUGAGAAAGCCAAUGAAGAGCUGAGGAUGAUUAUCAAAAAAAUCUGGAAGAGAACCAGCAUGAAGCUUUUAGAUCAAGUCAUUCCACCAAUUGGAGAUGAUGAAGUUACUGUGGGAAAGUUUUAUGCUACUUUCCUCAUCCAGGAGCACUUCAGAAAAUUCAUGAAGCGCCAGGAAGAAUAUUAUGGAUAUCGACCUAAGAAAAAUGCUGUUGAAAUCCAGGCUGGCUUAAGGACCAUUGAAGAGGAAGCUGCUCCUGAGAUCAAAAGAGCAAUCUCUGGGGAUCUGACUGCAGAGGAGGAGCUUGAAAGAGCCAUGGUGGAGGCCGCAAUGGAAGAAGGCAUCUAUAGGAGAACGGGGGGCUUGUUUGGCCAGGUUGAGAACUUCAUUGAACCCAGCAGCCCCCUCUCACCGCACAUGGCUAACCAAAGGCCUCUGCAGUUCACUGAGAUGGGUAGUGAAGAAUUAGACUCCCCAGUAUUCAUUGAGGACUUUCCACCAGCAAGAGGCAUCAAUGCAAACAACAGCAACAGCAAUGCCAACAACAAUGCAACAACACGGAUGAUAUAUGAGAAUGAAUUGAAGGACCAGAAGAUGCUACCAUCAUUUCCUCAUCCAUCUCACUUCACCAAGCAAUGUCCUAUUCAAAAUGAAAAGCAGCAAGAACAAAUGAGCAAACUACCAGCAAACAACGUCAGGUGCUCUUCAGAACUACAAUUUUCCACCCAGCAGAACACUGUCACUCAAGAUGCAGGCCAUGGUGAAGUUCUAUCAUCUACAAGCAACAGUGAAGAAAACACUCCAAGGAACAUGGAAGACCCUACCCCAGCCACUCUUCAGCUCCUUCAAGAGGCACUGGCCUCUGGGGGACUUCGUUUCCUAGCUAAGGAAGAUUCUUUUCUGAAGCUGACAAGAGAUGAGAUGGUUGCAGCCUUCCAAGCAGAAGUGACAGAAGUGGAGGAAGGUGCUGCCAUGCUGUUGAAGAGAACAAGAAGCUCAGCUACAUCUCUGUAAAGGGCCUGUAACAUGGCCAUUCCAGAUACCAAACUGUAAGAUGAUGAUUGUUUUCUUGGCAGUGUUGCUCUAUAGUGGUAGCCACUUUUGUGUUUUUGGAUGAUUACCACGAAAGCAUUACACUGCCUGCUCAUGGUGGCCUGAUUGAUCUCCAGCCUGACAGGCAAGCAGAAGAGAUGGCGGAAGCAAAAACAUUUUUUUGGCUGCCUUAGAAGAGAUUUUAGGAAUGGAUUCCUAGAGAGAUUUGCACAGGUGAAAAUAGAGUCUCUCCCUCAUCCUGGUCUCUAUGCAUUCGUAACACAAAUAGCCUGUAACUUAGAUGGAUUAUUACAUAUUUCCAAAGUGUCAUAUCAUUUCUUGCCUUUGGCAGUUUAGCGAGGAUUUUGAAAAUGCCUGUCAAUGAUAUUCUUCUGGAGAAAAAGCAGAAAUGAU